UUUACGUCGUUUCUCGUCGCAAUGUGGACGCAUGUGUAUUCACUCGCUACAAAGAUGGUGCAAUGACAGUAAUUGCAAUUUACGUGGAUGAUGGUUUAAUAGUAACCAACGACAAAGGUGAAGUCGAUGCAAUUAUUUUACAUCUACGCGAAAGGUUCGAGAUACAAGUUUCAGAUGUAAAUCGUUUUUUGGGUCUCGAGGUUCAACAGCUUCAAGAUGGAUCAAUACACAUACACCAGGGUGCUUAUGCCAAGAAAAUAUUGAAUCGGUUUGGCAUGAUAGAAUGUAAAAUUGUGUCAACACCAAUGGAUCACAAUCAGAAUCUUGGCGAUUUCGUAAAUGACGAGGGAGACACAGCCUACCCCUACCGAGAAGCAGUAGGAAGCUUAAUGUAUUUGGCAACCGGGACACGUCCAGAUAUAAGUUAUGCCGUCGGCGUUGUAAGUCGGUAUCUCGAGAAGCCAACUUCAGCUCAUGUGAAUGCAGUGAAGCGCAUUCUGAGGUAUGUGAGGGGCACAAUCCAAAUGGGUAUUCUUUAUAAAAGCGAUACUCAACUGAAUCUGGUUGGAUAUAGCGAUGCUGACUACGCUGGAGAUAGUGCAACAAGAAGAUCAACAAGCGGUUAUGUUUUCAGCAUUGGCUGCGGUGUCAUUAGUUGGGCAUCAAUGAGGCAACAAUCUGUUUCAACAUCUUCAAUAGAAUCUGAGUAUAUUGCGGCAUGUCAAGCAAUAAAGGAGCUGGUCUGGUCUGUUAUUGAGAUCAGAUUUGGAUGCAAAAUUGUAUAUGGAUAAUCAGAGCGCAAUACAUCUGAUUAAAAAUCCGGUGUUCCACAAAAGAACAAAACACAUCGAUGUUCAAUACCAUUUCAUCAGAGAAAGGUAUCAAGAUGGUUGCUUCGACUUGGGAUAUUUUAGCCCUGAUGAACAAAUAGCGGACAUUCUUACCAAGCCGUUGAAUAAGAGUCGACAUAAAUAUCUCUGUGGUUUGAUGGAGUUGACAUCAUAAGUUUUCGUUUUGUUUGCAACAAUGAGUGGGAGUGUUGAAAAAUACAUUGUACCAAACAAAGUCGAUAAAUUGGACAACACUGGUUUGUGAACGCACUCACUCACUG